ACGAGCUCUGGGUUUGCCAGGUGGCGAGGGAAGAGCGGGUUUUUGGGGAGGAGAUCCAAACCCCAGGAGGAAAAUGUGGAAAACACGGCUGAAUUCGCUCCGUUUGCCCCCAGAUCUGCUGGACCUGGCUCAGAUGGUGCUGAGGACAGAGGGGCCCCAGCGCCUGCCCCGGGGGUACGAAAUCGUCCUCUCCAUUUCCGUCAACAACGCCGACAAAGUCGGGGUCUUCCAUGUGCAGAAUCCCUUCUUCGGGCAGCGCUACGUGCAGGUGCUGGGCCGCAGGAAGCUGUUCCACGCCGUGCCCUACCCCGGCGGGGCCGCCGAGCUCCACUUCUUCGUGGAGGGGCUGCGCUUCCCCGACGAGACCUUCUCCGGGCUGGUGUCCAUCCAUGUCAGCCUCCUGGAGCCGCUGGCCGAGGGCAUCCCGCACUCGCCGAUCUUCAGGGACACCGUGGUGUUCCGGGUGGCGCCGUGGAUCAUGACCCCCAACACGCUGCCCCCGCUGAACCUCUUUGUCUGCAGCAUGAAGGACAACUACCUGUUCACUAAGGAGAUCCAGAGCCUGGUGGCCAAGGCUGGCUGCAAGCUGAAGCUUUGCUUCGGCUACAUCAACCGCGGGGACCGCUGGAUGCAGGAUGAGAUCGAGCUCGGCUACACCCACGCUCCCCACAAGAGCUUCCCGGUGGUGCUGGACUCCCCUCGGGAGAGAGGGAUGGAGCAGCUCCCCGUCAAGGAGCUGCUGGGCCCCGAUUUCGGCUACGUGCACAAGGAGCCCCUGGUUGAGGCCGUGGCCAGCCUGGACUCCUUCGGGAACGUGGAGGUCAGCCCGCCUGUGUCCGUGGCUGGCAAGGAGUAUCCCUUGGGAAGGAUCCUCAUCGGCAGCAGCUUCCCUGCAUCCGCGGGCCGCAGGAUGACCAGGCUGGUGCGGGAUUUCCUCUUCGCCCAGCGCGUCCAGGCGCCCGUGGAGCUCUACUCCGACUGGCUGGCCGUGGGCAACGUCAACGAGUUCGUCACCUUCGUCCCUGCCUCUGACAAAAAGCGAUUCCGGAUGCUGCUGGCCAGCCCGGCCGCCUGCUACCGGCUCUUCCGCGAGAAGCAGAAGGAGGGACAGGGAGAAGCCACCAUGUUCAAAGGGUACUCGGGGACAGACACCAAGCGCGUCACCAUCAACAAGGUCCUUUCCAACGACGCCCUGGCGCAGCAGAACCAGUACGUCCAGCGCUGCAUCGACUGGAACAGGGAUAUCCUCAAGAAGGAGCUGGGGCUGCUGGAGGAGGACAUCAUCGACCUGCCGGCCCUCUUCAAGCUGGACAAGCAGGGAAAAGCCGUUCCCUACUUCCCCAACACGGUCACCAUGAUGGUGCUGGCCAGGGACCUGGGCAUCCCCAAGCCGUUUGGGCCGGUGGCGGGCGGCGAGUGCUGCCUGGAGCGGCGGAUCCGGGCGCUGCUGGAGCCGCUGGGGCUGCGCUGCCGCUUCCUGGAGGACGUGGCCUCCUACCACGGCAGCCUGGGCGAGGUGCGCUGCGGCACCAGCGUCCAGCGCCGGCCCUUCGCCUUCAAGUGGUGGCACUUCACGCCGUAGCCAGGCCUCCUCUUCCUCAUCUUCCUCCUCCUCUUCCUCCUCUUCCUCCUCUUCCGCCUCCUCCUUCCGUGUUUGCCCCCAGCGUGUGUUGCGUGCGAUUUGCUUAAUAAAUGAAUUUGCUGUGAGGAAAAAGCCGGGGAUUUGGAUAAUCGUAGGGAGUAACUGGGAGGGGAAGGGAGGGGAAGGGCUCGGAGGGGUGAGGAGGGGUGGAGGUGUUACCAAAAUCCUCCGAAAUUUUCUCUAAUGCUGUUUUUGUAGUGCUGGUGAGUCAGGCAUCACUUUAGCCUCAGCCUUUUGUGUGUGGCUGACAGAGCUCCAGCCUCCACAUCAAUACAAAAUGUUUUCAUUUGUU